CAGUGACAGUGCUGGGGGAGUCCGAAGAUGGCGGCGUCGCGUCGCUCUCAGCAUCAUCACCACCAUCAUCAACAACAGCUCCAGCCCGCCCCAGGGGCUUCAGCGCCGCCGCCGCCACCUCCCCCCCCACUCAGCCCCGGCCUGGCCCCGGGGGCCACCCCAGCCUCCCCCACGGCCAGCGGCCUGGCCCCCUUCGCCUCCCCGCGGCACGGCCUAGCACUGCCGGAGGGGGAUGGCAGUCGGGAUCCGCCCGACAGGCCCCGAUCUCCGGACCCGGUUGACAGUACUAGCUGUUGCAGUACCACCAGCGCAAUCUGUACCGUCGCCGCCGCUCCCGUGGUCCCGGUGGUUUCUGCUUCAUCUGCCGUCGGGGUCGCUCCCAACCCAUCCGGCGGUGGCGGUAACAACUCACCGUCGUCCUCUUCUUCCCCGACUUCCUCAUCAUCCUCUCCAUCCUCCCCUGGAUCGAGCUUGGCGGAGAGCCCCGAGGCUGCCGGCGUUGGCACCACAACGACAUUGGGGCCUGGGACGGCGGGACCUGGGCCGGGGGUCGCCGCAGUGAGCGGGGCCCUACGGGAGCUGCUGGAGGCCUGUCGCAAUGGGGACGUGUCCAGGGUAAAGAGGCUGGUGGACGCGGCAAACGUGAAUGCUAAGGACAUGGCCGGGCGGAAGUCUUCUCCCCUGCACUUCGCUGCAGGUUUUGGGAGGAAGGAUGUCGUAGAACACUUACUACAGAUGGGUGCUAACGUCCAUGCUCGUGACGAUGGAGGUCUCAUACCACUUCAUAACGCCUGUUCUUUUGGCCACGCUGAGGUAGUAAGUCUGUUACUGUGCCAAGGAGCCGAUCCAAAUGCCAGGGAUAACUGGAACUAUACCCCUCUGCACGAAGCUGCUAUUAAAGGGAAAAUCGAUGUAUGUAUUGUGCUGCUGCAGCACGGAGCUGAUCCAAACAUUCGGAACACUGACGGGAAAUCAGCCCUGGACUUGGCAGAUCCUUCAGCAAAAGCCGUCCUUACAGGUGAAUACAAGAAAGACGAACUCCUGGAAGCUGCUAGGAGUGGUAAUGAAGAAAAACUAAUGGCUUUACUGACUCCUCUCAAUGUGAAUUGCCAUGCAAGUGAUGGACGAAAGUCUACUCCUUUACAUCUAGCAGCGGGCUACAACCGAGUUCGAAUAGUUCAACUUCUUCUUCAGCACGGUGCUGACGUUCAUGCAAAAGACAAAGGUGGACUUGUGCCUCUUCAUAAUGCGUGUUCCUAUGGACAUUAUGAAGUCACAGAACUGUUGCUAAAGCAUGGAGCUUGUGUGAAUGCCAUGGAUCUCUGGCAGUUUACUCCACUACAUGAGGCUGCUUCCAAGAAUCGUGUAGAAGUUUGCUCUUUGCUACUUAGUCAUGGUGCGGACCCUACCUUAGUCAACUGCCACGGCAAAAGUGCUGUGGAUAUGGCUCCCACUCCUGAGCUCCGGGAGAGAUUGACUUAUGAAUUUAAAGGUCAUUCCUUACUACAAGCAGCCAGAGAAGCAGACCUAGCCAAAGUUAAAAAAACACUUGCUUUGGAAAUCAUUAACUUCAAACAACCUCAGUCUCAUGAAACAGCACUGCACUGUGCUGUGGCUUCCCUACAUCCCAAGCGAAAACAAGUGACAGAAUUGUUACUUCGGAAAGGAGCAAAUGUUAAUGAGAAAAAUAAAGAUUUUAUGACGCCCCUGCACGUGGCGGCUGAGCGAGCUCACAACGAUGUCAUGGAGGUUCUGCAUAAGCAUGGAGCCAAGAUGAAUGCACUGGACACCCUUGGUCAGACUGCUUUGCAUAGAGCUGCCUUAGCAGGUCACCUGCAGACCUGCCGCCUCCUGCUGAGUUACGGCUCUGAUCCCUCCAUCAUCUCCUUACAAGGCUUUACGGCAGCACAGAUGGGAAAUGAAGCUGUGCAGCAGAUUCUGAGUGAAAGUACACCUAUACGUACUUCUGAUGUUGACUAUCGACUCUUAGAGGCAUCCAAAGCUGGAGACUUGGAAACUGUGAAGCAACUUUGCAGCCCUCAAAAUGUGAAUUGCAGAGACUUAGAGGGCCGGCAUUCCACACCCUUACACUUUGCGGCCGGCUAUAACCGUGUGUCUGUUGUGGAAUACCUUCUACACCAUGGUGCUGACGUCCAUGCCAAAGACAAAGGCGGCUUGGUACCCCUUCAUAAUGCCUGUUCAUACGGACACUAUGAGGUAGCCGAGCUUUUAGUAAGGCAUGGCGCAUCUGUAAAUGUGGCAGACUUAUGGAAAUUUACCCCUCUACAUGAAGCAGCAGCUAAAGGAAAAUAUGAAAUCUGCAAGCUCCUUUUAAAACAUGGAGCAGAUCCAACCAAAAAGAACAGAGAUGGAAAUACACCUCUAGAUUUGGUGAAAGAAGGAGACACAGAUAUUCAGGACUUACUGAGAGGGGACGCUGCCUUGCUGGAUGCUGCCAAGAAGGGCUGCCUGGCAAGAGUGCAGAAGCUGUGUUCUCCAGAAAAUAUCAACUGCAGAGACACCCAGGGCAGAAACUCCACCCCUCUGCACCUGGCAGCAGGCUACAAUAACCUGGAAGUAGCCGAAUAUCUUCUGGAGCACGGAGCAGACGUUAAUGCCCAAGACAAAGGCGGUUUGAUUCCUCUUCAUAACGCGGCGUCCUAUGGGCAUGUGGACAUAGCAGCAUUAUUGAUAAAAUACAACACAUGUGUAAAUGCAACAGAUAAGUGGGCAUUUACUCCUCUUCACGAAGCAGCCCAAAAAGGAAGGACACAGUUAUGUGCUCUGCUCCUAGCACACGGUGCAGACCCGACCAUGAAGAACCAGGAAGGUCAGACACCUUUAGACCUGGCAACAGCUGACGAUAUCAGAGCUCUGCUAAUAGACGCCAUGCCCCCAGAGGCCUUACCUACCUGUUUUAAACCACAGGCCACUGUAGUGAGCGCCUCUCUGAUGUCACCGGCACCCACGCCCUCCUGCCUGUCUGCUGCCAGCAGCAUAGAUAACCUCACUGGUCCUCUAGCCGAACUGGCAGUAGGAGGGGCAUCCAAUGCAGGGGAUGGCGCAGCUGGCGCCGAAAGGAAGGAGGGGGAAGUUGUAGGUCUUGACAUGAAUAUCAGCCAAUUCCUAAAAAGCCUUGGCCUUGAACACCUUCGGGAUAUCUUUGAAACAGAACAGAUCACGCUAGAUGUGUUGGCUGAUAUGGGUCAUGAAGAGUUGAAAGAAAUUGGCAUCAAUGCCUACGGACACCGCCACAAAUUAAUCAAAGGAGUAGAGAGACUUUUAGGUGGGCAACAAGGCACCAACCCUUACCUGACUUUUCACUGUGUCAAUCAGGGAACUAUUUUGCUGGACCUUGCUCCAGAAGAUAAGGAAUACCAGUCAGUAGAAGAGGAGAUGCAGAGUACGAUCCGAGAGCACAGAGACGGCGGCAACGCCGGGGGCGUCUUCAGCAGAUACAGCGUUAUCCGCAUUCAAAAAGUUGUCAACAAGAAGCUGAGGGAGCGAUUCUGUCACAGACAGAAGGAGGUGUCUGAGGAGAACCAUAACCAUCACAACGAGCGCAUGCUGUUUCACGGUUCACCUUUCAUUAAUGCCAUUAUUCACAAAGGGUUUGAUGAGCGACAUGCAUACAUAGGAGGGAUGUUUGGAGCUGGGAUUUAUUUUGCUGAAAACUCCUCUAAAAGCAACCAGUAUGUUUAUGGAAUUGGAGGAGGAACGGGCUGCCCCACACACAAAGAUAGAUCAUGUUAUAUAUGUCACAGACAAAUGCUUUUCUGUAGAGUGACCCUUGGAAAAUCCUUUCUGCAAUUCAGCACCAUGAAAAUGGCUCAUGCCCCUCCGGGACAUCAUUCAGUUAUUGGUAGACCAAGUGUGAAUGGCCUGGCUUAUGCUGAAUAUGUCAUCUAUAGAGGAGAGCAGGCAUACCCGGAGUAUCUUAUCACGUACCAGAUCGUGAAGCCAGAAGCUCCUUCACAGACCGCAACAGCAGCAGAGCAGAAGACCUAGUGAAUACCCACGGGUAAAGGCCAGAUCAGACUUAAACCUGGGACUGGAUUACAGUCAGUCGAUUGCUUCCAACAAAAACUCAAUAAUCGCUCAAUCCCUGACAGCCUAGAAAUAAGCUGUUUGUCUUUUAUAAAGCAUUGCUAUAGUGAUGAAUACAGUAUGAGUAACUGAUACGUACUCAACUGCUACUGUUCCCUUUGAGGAAAUGUUUACAGGGGCGGCCUUCUGACGUGUCUCAGGCUCAUUUUCACUGCAGUUGUCCAUUUCUAAAACAGUAUUGCUUUGAUUGAGACUUGGAAAUGGAAAAGGAAAACACAACCAGUACUGUUCCAAAUGUUGAAAAUUCACACACUACCUUUGUUUCACUUGUUGUGUAUGGCGCAUAUACAACAAUUACAUACAUAUGAUAGGCACGUUUUUAAUUUUUUUUCCAAGCAUGCAUCAUUAGGUUUUGUUUUUUGUUUUGUGUUUUGCUUUUUUUGGUGACUUUGAAAAUGAGCCAGAGCCUUCUUGAGGAUAUUUUGCACAAAGUCACUCUGACUAAAAUCAUUAGCAAUGCAACCCAAGCUUCUGGCUUCUGACUAAGCAAGAUUCCUUUUUUUUUUUUUCUUUACUUUGAUUUGCUUUAUUUUAUAUGUGUACUUUUCGUAAACAUAAAUUGAGAUGGGAAGGAAAAAAAAAAUCAAGCUUUAGUUUCCUUUUAUUAAUUGGCCCAUCCUACAGGGAAGGAGACCAGCGUCAGCCUGAUUCAGGAGUCCCUAAGGUCAGAGAAGUCAAAGCCGGGAAGGGCCACUUGCUCUUUCCAGUGCCAGGCUGCUUCAGAGGCGUUCAGGACAGCGCUGGGGAUAGGGGAACGCACAGACAGUGCUGGGGAUACAGGAAGGCACGGGCAGGGAAGCUGUUCAGUGCUGCUCUGCUAACAUUCAGGCUUGAAACGACCAGCGAGGGCUGUAGAGGAGAAGCAGCGCUAGGAGCUGAGGACCGCGGUGGUUCUGUCACAGCAGGAAAAGGAGCGAGGGAAUCCGUCAGAGAGUAAGUACUGCCCUCUGCUUAACACGGGCCACCAGAACUGCCGCCCCCAAAAUUAGAUGCCUUAUUUCCAACUCAGUGGAAUGACUGUAUUCCAUUAGAGUCACAAAAUAUUACCUUAUUGUUUCUUUAGUUUUUGAAAACUAGGAAGUAAAUCAUUUAGUGGAUACAUACACACAAUUACGAGAACUUUUUUUUUUUUAACUGCCUAUUUGGGGUUCAAGUGAGGUGCUUCAAAUAGCUUCUGUAAGUCCCUACGUGAAAAUUUUAAACCAUUUUGUCAAACUUAAUAUAUUUAGACAAGGAGAACAAAAAUCGAAACCAAAGCCCUUUCAGUUUUUUGUUUUUAAGGAAUGUGACGGAGAAAUAUCAUACUGUUUUCUUUGUAAAAUUACUACUUUAUUUUGCUUAUUUUAAUCAACAUUUGCCAAGUGCACAUUGACACUCGUAAGAAAUUACACACGAUGGUUCUUAGACUUGCCCUUUUCACCUUAACUGAAUAUUGCGUUGAGUGCGUUGACUUAUUACUUUGACAUGCUAUUCGUCUACUCAGCUUUGAAGCAAAAGUAACAUAAAGGUGGUGGAAAACAGGAAAAACCAUGUGACACAGACUUUCCAUUUCAACUUAAAGCCAGAAACUAAUUUGGUCUUUCGAUGAAGGCUGAUUAAACUGUGACCUCAUUUAAUCUCCUCAAGAAAAAUAAAAUGGUUACACGCAAAAAUUCUAGAAAUAGGCUCCUAAAAUAUACAGUUGCUUUCUUUUUUGGCUUGAGUCCAACGCUAGAACGAGGCCUCCGGAACCAGUUUGCGUUUUGUAGCUGAAUCUUGUACGGGUCCUCAUGUGCAGUCAAGAAUUAGCCUCAAUUAUUGCUUCUAUGGACAUUUCAGAGACCCAAGCUGGGUUUGUGUCUGGGCUGCUUGUUUAAGAGCUCAUGAAUUCCACACGAAGCCUCAAAGUUUGAUAUUCAUUCAUUAACAGGAUUUUUUUCCCAACUUUUUUUCUUUCUCACCAUGUGUAACAAAGGGUUGAAGGACUUGCCAUCUUCAUAGUUUCAGUAGCUGUGAAAGUGUGUAUUAACUUGCCUCCCCACUAGGAUAUAGUUUAAAAUGGUAAACACAGCUGUGAUUUUUAGUUAAGUAAAAGGGUUAAUACGGGGUAGAUAUUGAAAGCUUUAUAGCUUCAAUAAAAAGAUAAGCCGCUACCCAAUUGUGGUUGUACAUCAUUUCCAUUGUACUAACUAGAUUAAUGGAUGUGACAGUUUUAAACUUGGGCCUUACACUUGAGAAGCUAUAACUGUGGUUUCGUAUUCAAACUGCCAGUCGUUACGCAUUCGAUGUUCUGUGUGCCAAGUAAAGGUACUGUGUAAGGAA